GGUGUAGAUGAAAGUUUAAAGAAUUGUUUUUCAAUCUAUUUUGGCUAUUAGGAAGAGGCUUAUUCAAAUAUUCAGAACUCUAUCAUUCUCUACGGCUAUGCUGCUAUCACUGACCCCAAAGUUUAUUUCUAUGUCCAGCCCUAACCUCUAUGCCUAACCUAAUUUUUUAUAAACAUAACCUCAGUUUUAAAACAAAUCAAGUUCAAUAAUAUUUUAAAAAGCAGGUUUAUUGUACCAAAAAUAUGUUAAAACAACGCAGAAAUUAUAUUUUAUAAAUGCUUAAAAUUCGCAAUAAGAAUUGUGAAGAUAAAGUUAAUAUUAUAAUUUUUUGAGUACAUUUAUUACUUAUAAUGGAAGAAACAUUUACAAAAGUGGUUGAAAAUAUAUUCACUAAUUGGACAGCGUUAACUUUAGCAAUAGACAAUGGUAUGGCUGGGCCUAACUAUAUGCAAACUAUUUCUGAGUCUAUCGAUUAUAUGGCUAAGUACUGUUUAUGUGAAGAAAAUGUACAAAUUAAUGAUAUAGCAGAGGCAUUAGAAGACAUAUUAGAUGAGGAGUUUAAUACAAUUUGUGAAGAUGGUUCUCCAAAAGAAAUAGCAACUGUGUUAUUUAAAUUUGUAAGUUUAUUAAAAGAAGGCAAUUUAGCUCAAUUUGAAGUGGAAUAUAACAAUUUACCUUUAAGUAAAGUAAGCCUUUCAAAGGCUCAAUCCUACACACCUCAUCAGGGCUCAUCUUCAUCUCAAGAUGAUGUUUCGAUGGUUGAAGAUGAUAAUACAUCAGCAAUCGAUAAAUCUGAAUGGACAGAAGUGAGAUCAAGAAGGAAACAUUAAUUUAAUGUUUAAUAUGAUCAUUCAGUGUAAGUUUUUUGAAAUUUUCUUUUUGUUAACUUGGUUUUGAAG